UGGCUCAUAAAAGGAAAAAAGCGUGUGUGGUUCUCGACGUGCCGCGAAUCUUCGAACGUAAGCGCGUUUUGAUCUUAAGGCUUUGAAAAGCAUUCGAGGGACGCGCCCGCGCCUGCCGUCGUAAUUUCCAGCGCGACGUGCCUAUUCCGCCCCGUGGCUUGGCAGUUCCCUGACCCCCAUGUCCAGACAAGGAGUGGGUAGCUCGUGGUCACUCGGCGUACACGUCGUGCCAGGCACCGCCUGGACCUUCCUUAUGUUGUGAAUCCUCAGGCCCUGGUCCGCCCCAUGGCUCUGGUGUCUGCUGACUCCCGCAUCGCAGAGCUGCUCACGGAGCUCCAUCAGCUGAUCAAACAGACCCAGGAAGAGCGUUCGCGGAGUGAACACAACUUAGUGAACAUCCAGAAGACCCAUGAGAGGAUGCAGACAGAGAACAAGAUCUCUCCCUAUUACCGGACAAAGCUGCGUGGGCUCUACACGACCGCCAAGGCUGAUGCGGAGGCUGAGUGCAACAUCCUCCGGAAAGCUCUAGAUAAGAUAGCAGAAAUCAAGUCUCUGUUGGAAGAAAGGCGGAUUGCGGCCAAGAUCGCGGGCCUGUACAAUGACUCGGAGCCCCCUCGGAAGACCAUGCGCAGGGGGGUGCUGAUGACCUUGCUGCAGCAGUCGGCCAUGACCCUGCCUCUGUGGAUCGGGAAGCCUGGUGACAAGCCCCCACCCCUCUGUGGGGCCAUUCCAGCCUCUGGGGACUACGUGGCCAAACCUGGGGACAAGGUGGCUGCCCGGGUAAAGGCUGUGGACGGGGACGAGCAGUGGAUCCUGGCCGAGGUGGUCAGCUACAGCCACGCCACCAACAAGUAUGAGGUCGAUGACAUUGAUGAAGAAGGCAAAGAGAGACACACGCUGAGCCGGCGGCGCAUCAUCCCACUGCCCCAGUGGAAAGCCAACCCGGAGACAGACCCCGAAGCCUUGUUUCAGAAGGAGCAGCUCGUGCUGGCCCUGUAUCCCCAGACCACCUGCUUCUACCGUGCGCUGAUCCACACGCCCCCGCAACGGCCCCAGGAUGACUAUUCAGUCCUGUUUGAAGACACCUCGUACGCAGACGGUUACUCCCCUCCCCUCAACGUGGCCCAGAGUGCCGCCAUACCCAGAUGUGGAACAAGGUGCGCCAGAUCCUCACCAGCCCCCUCCUCCACGGGCCUCCUGCGGAGAAGACCGCCUUUCCCAGCUCUGCACAGGGGAGUCUCCCUUUCACUGACCCCAUCAAGGGAUGAAGCAGACCGUCUCCCCCCUUAAGAUGAGACCUUCCCAGCAGACAGGGCCAAAGCUCGGAUGGCCCCAGCAGCCUCUUGCCUGGCUUCCUCUGCGACUCACCUUGACCUUCUGAUCCAGCAAGGUCUGGGGGAGCAGAGCCAAGGGCAGGUGUGUCUUGAUGAGUCGUGGAGCUGGUGUAUCUUUCAGGGCCUCCAAUCCUGUGCCAUGGGUAGGGAA